CUAAGAAUGACCCAGGGCUCCAUUACAGCAAUGAGGGGGCAGAAUGACAGCUCUGUGGCUGAGUUCAUCCUCUUGGGAUUUUCGAACUAUCCUGAACUCCAAAGGCAAAUGUUUGGAGCUUUCUUAGUUAUUUACCUGGUGACUCUGACUGGAAAUGCCCUCAUUAUGUCUGUCAUCCUCCUGGACCGGAGCCUGCACAUCCCUAUGUACCUGUUCCUGCAGAACUUGUCUGUGGUUGAGACUGGCUUCAGCACAACUGUUAUGCCUGAGAUGCUGGUGGUCCUGACUAGUGAGAAAGCGACCAUUUCCUUUGGGGGCUGUUUUGUGCAGAUGUAUUUCAUUCUUCUCUUUGGUGGGACUGAGUGUUUUCUCCUGGGGGCAAUGGCUUAUGAUCGAUUUGCUGCAAUCUGUCAUCCUCUAUCUUACCCUAUGAUUAUGAACAAAAGAGUUUUUAUGACGCUAGUGACAUGCUCAUGGCUCUCAGGAACCAUGAUGACUACUCUGCAGACCACAUGGGUGUUCAGUUUUCCCUACUGUGGCUCCAAUGAAAUUAACCACAUCUCAUGUGAAACUCCAGCAGUACUGGAGCUUGCAUGUACAGACAUUUUUUUCUUUGAGAUCUAUGCCUUCACAGGCACUGUUCUGAUCAUUUUGACUCCCUUCGUGUUGAUUCUUUUGUCUUACAUCCGAAUCCUCUUCUCCAUCCUGAAGAUGCCAUCCACUACAGGGAGGCAGAAGGCCUUUUCCACGUGUGCCUCUCAUCUCACAUCUGUCACCCUCUUCUAUGGCACAGCCAGUAUGACCUAUUUGCAGCCUAAAUCCAAGUACUCACCAGACACCAAGAAACUGAUGUCAUUGGCUUACUCUUUGCUCACCCCUCUCCUGAAUCCACUUAUCUACAGCCUGAGAAACAAGGAGAUGAAAAGGGCUGUGGUAAAAUUAUGGGAAAGAAAAAUGGCUUUACACACAACCUGACUUGUUGAGGAGUUGUGUGAUAUUCAGAUAGCUCAUAACUGAACUGUGAAUGAACUAACAAGAUGAAAACUAAAUUUCU